CAGUUCCUGCCCGAAGAGUGUCAGAGGAAGUCCGUCGAUUCGUCGAUUGGAGGAUUUGCCACUUUUCCUUGUAAUUUUUCGUUUUUCCUGUGAGCACAGUGCGUUUAAGCUGUGUGUUCGCAAAUCAUUUUUGCAUAAUGUAUUUCUCCACUUUAAUUCCUUGUGUCAAUUUUCCACCUUUUGAAUCAUGUCAAUUUGUAAAACAUUAGUUGUCACUUAAAGUCUGUUGUUAUAGUUCAGUGUUUAGGUUAGUGAGUCCCCAAAUAAUCUAUUUUGCCGUUAAUGCACUUGGUUUACGAACCUGUAAUAUCAACAAAAAUGUGUGAGUCCGGUGAGCCAAACAACGCAAUUAUUGUCGACACGAUAGGAGAUGAAUCAGGUGAUCACAGUGACAUACUUCAGCAGCUGCAGAGUAAAAUAAGUGAACUGGAAACAGAAAAAAAAGAAUUUGGAUCUCAACGUGCUAAAAUGAGGACCCUAAUUCUUCAAAAUGAAGCCGAGAAGGUGCGCUUACACUCUGAAGUGGAAGAACUCAGACGACAACUGGCUGUAACUGAUUUAAACUCAAAAAAUUAUUUAGAAGAAGAAAAACGCAAGUGUUUUGAACAAAUAGCCAGCUUAGAGCGACUGUUACAUGAAACUGUUGAUGAGUCUACUGAUUCACAGAAUCGCAUGGAGCUUGAGCUGAAACAUCUUCAAGCAUGUAAUGAAAGGCUUGAAUUGGAAUUAGCAGAAUUUCGAAAAGCGCCGAUGGCGGCUAAUGAAGAGCGUCAUCAAGAACGAGACAGAUCAGAUCCUCCUCCCAUUCAAAUCUUUACUCAAGCCACUAAAACAUUUGCAAGGAAGGUGUUGAGUGAAUUGGGGGCUGACUCCUCAUCCACCUCUGGCAAAGAUAGUCUUGAAGAUAGUAUGAGAAAGGUAAACAAAUAUGCCCAGGAAGAUGCCGAAGUCCUCAGAUCCUUAGUAAUUCCCUUAGAAGAGGAAAUAGAAGCUCUCAAAGAAAAACUCAGAGAAGCUCAUGAAGAGCUUCAAAAAUACACGGGAAUCCAACAUGAGAGUGGGUCCAGCAGGAAAGUCAACCACGCUAAGGACAUUGUCCCUAAUCUGGUCAAUGCUGAACAAGAAUCCCUCAUUAUGAUGUCUCCGGCUCAAGAAAAGGGGGCUAGCUUGGAGAAGCAAAUCACUCCAGAAGGUGAAGCAACUGGGAAAGAUCUAGAAGUAUUCCUGAGUGGGGGUUCAACUGCAGUACCUCUUUCAUUAAACACCUGCAAUAUGUGUCUGAAUUAUGAGACUGGGCUUCAAAAGUCACAACAAAGAGUUAAAGAACUUGAGAAAGCUCUAGAAAUAUCAGAAAAAAAUGUCAAGAGAGCUAAAGAUGAUCUAUCACGUGAGCACACAUUCCGUCAGGAAAUGGAAGUAAAGUGGAAUGAGAAAAAAGAGCAGCAUAAAAUGCAGGUUAUAGAGCUUCAGAAAAAAAUUACAUCUGCAGAAAGUAGUUUGCAUGAUUUACAUCAAACAUAUACACAAACUUACCAAGAUGUAACACAGCAGCUGUCACGCUUGGAACCAGAACGUAUUGAGAUAAAACGGGAAAUGGACAGGCUUCAGGCUGAAAAUGAAAAAUUGGUUGGUAAACACGCAGAACAUAGUCAGAUACUUCAGAACCAGAUCAUUGAUCUUCCAAGCAAUGUUGAGGCCCUCCAGGUACUAUUACUUCAAAGGCAUGAAGAUCUAAUUGCUGCCAAGGUUUGUGCAGAAACUCAGCAAAUUGAGGCAGAUCUUCUGAGGGAAGAACUACAAAUACAGCAAAAACAGAAUGCCAUUUUAAUGUCAGACAAUCAACAGUAUCAGAAACUGGUCCAGAAAAGUGAGGCUGAUAAACAACGUAUUCAUAAUCUUCAAAUUGCUGAAAAGCAGGCUUUAGAGAAAAUUAAAGAUUUGAAACUAAAACUAGACGAAGCUCUUCAAAAUCAUACCCAGUUGGAAGAAAAACUUAAAAAGCAACAAAAUCGAGUUACAUCAUUACAACAUGAUUUGGAUACUAGUGAACAGGUCCAAAAAGAUUUUGUUCGUCUUUCUCAAUCACUUCAAGUACAGUUGGAGAGCUUUCGUCAACCCAAUACCCAAGUGCGCUGGCAACAUGACGAGGAUGUGGAUGAAUGCCCAUCAUGCCACAGCUCAUUUGGAUCAUCAUCCCGAAAACCACAUUGCAGGCACUGUGGUCGCGUUUUCUGUCAUAAUUGUUUGUCCCACCAAGUUCCAAGUGGUCCUCAACAGCGCUUAAGUCGAGUAUGUGAUGUGUGUCACACUUUACUUGUGCCCAAUACAGCACCAUAUUUUAGUACUGAACCACCUUCUACCCCAGACUAAACUCUGGGGCAAAUUUUUCUAGAUUCUUACAAAUGGAUAUUUUAAGUAGGAAUAAAAUUUAAUGAGUCCAAUAGUUUGUAUUAUUGCCCAUCUAUUGAAUAUCCCAACUUCUUAAUAAAUGCCGGGUGGUUUUGUCUUUCUUUUAAAUUCUUUAUGUCUUCUGCUACUGUGAUAAGUUGAGCAUUUUGAUUUCCAUGGCUGAGUACUAGUACUCCAACUAGCUUAGUUGCUUGGGCUUGCAUUUCCAUUGCGUAAUAAUUGUGAUAAUCUAAUCUUCAUUGACAACUGUACGAUUGAAAGACAGACAAAGAGAUAUUCUGUAAAAUUUCAAUAUUUUUAAGGUGUUGAUCUCAAGCUACAGAUGCUGUUUAUUUAUUUGAUUCAUUUUUAUCUCACAUGGAUUACAGGAUUGCUUUGGACCUAAAAUUUCAGGCUCAGAAUCAACCAAUAAAAUUUCUUUUGUUUGUUGAUGUUGCAAUAUGCCAGUUUCUGUGGCUUUAGCUGGGUGGAAUAUUUUUGGUCUUAUAUAGGUUUGAGUAUGAAUCAAAUCAGGAAGUUGCACGGGUUAUUUGAUUCAUUGUAAUGUGAUAUUAUCAUUUUAAUUUUUAGACUUCCAGUGCUAUCUUGAAGUUGUAGACUUUCUACUGUAUGUAAUACAUGGUAAAAGUAACAAUUAUUUUAGGUACCUGUAAAAGCCUGAUGUCUAUGGUGUGUCCUAAAAUGGAAGGAUGUAGUUUAUUAUUUCUCUGACUUAAAAUAUAUCUAGGAAUCAUUGAACUA